AAACUGAUUGACUACAUCCACAGACAACGGCAGUGUAAGCUGAGUGUGCCCCUGAAUGACAGGACAGCAGAGCUCAACAGCUACCCAAGAUUCAAUGACUGGUUAGACAUUGUCAAUGUGAGGAAAGAAGUUGUACAGAGAAUACCAGAGGAGCUAACCUUAGAUGCCUUACUAGAAAUGAACGAGUCUAAGGUGAAAGAAACAAUGAAGAGAUGUGGUGCCAGAGAUGAGGAGUGCUCCAGACUCAAUGGGGCUCUGAGCUGCUUACGGAAGGUGACUGAAUCAGGUGGGGAGUUAAAAGAUGAUGUGCUGAUGAACCUUUCUGAGGCACGCCGAGAGAACAGCUCUACAAACGCGACCGAAUCCCCCUGCUCCUCUGCGCCCACGUGGACUCCCUCUGCACUGCACCUCCUCAAGGGCAACAGCCAGCAGGCGCGUUCUGUGUCGGUGUCUACAAUCCCAUCUUCAGAUUCUCUUGCCUCGAGUCAUGGACCUUCUAUCUAUGCAGAAAACCUCCUGGACCCUUUUGCAUUCCCCGCACACAGUGGAAGGUUAACACCAAGGACUCCUCACAGCAUCACCAUCACUCCACCAACCACUCCUCAAGCCAAGAGACGGCAUAAGUUGAAGCCACCACGGACUCCACCUCCCCCCUGCCGGAAGGUUUUUCAGCUGCUACCUAACUUCCCAACCCUCACAAGGAGCAAGUCCCACGAAUCACAGUUGGGAAACAGGAUAGAUGAAGUUCCUCCAAUAAAGUUCGAACUCUCCCAAGGGUCCCCUCAAACGGUACGAAGAGACUUCGGCUUAGCUGUAACGCACAGGUUCUCUACGAAGUCUUGGUUAUCUCAGAUUUGCCAAGUCUGUCAGAAAAGCAUGAUGUUCGGGGUGAAGUGUAAGUACUGCAGAUUAAAAUGUCACAACAAAUGUACUAAAGAGGCACCUGCUUGUAGAAUAUCCUUCCUUCCCAUAACAAAAAUAAGAAGAACAGAGUCUGUCCCUUCUGAUAUCAAUAAUCCAGUAGACAGACCAACAGAACCACAAUUUGGAACUCUUCCCAAAGCACUAACUAAAAAGGAGCAUCCACCAGCAAUAAAUCAUCUCGACUCUAGCAGUAAUCCUUCUUCUACAACGUCAUCCACACCGUCUUCUCCAGCCCCUUUCCAGUCUUCCAACCCUCCCAGUGCAACACCUCCCCCAAACCCAUCUCCUAUGGGCCAGAGGGAUGGACGAUUUAACUUCCCAGCUGCCUGCUACAUUCAGCAUAGACAACAAUUUAUCUUCCCAGAAGUUUCCAGUCCUGCACAAAUAGCACAACCUCCAGAAUCAGCUGCAGACACUAAUGCUCAUGAACAGCCAGAGACAGAUGGAGUGGAAUGUGAAGCAGAGGUGGAAGAACCAGAGACUAAUAAAUCAGAACCCGAAGACGAUGAGGAUGAGGUAGAAGAUUUGCCAAACAGACGGCCACACUUGCAGGGGAUGAUUUAUCGCAAACCUAGCCAGACCAGCGUCUACCUGCAGGAAUGGGACAUUCCCUUUGAACAGAUUGAACUGGGGGAUCCUAUUGGCCAAGGACGAUGGGGGAAGGUUUACAAGGGAAAAUGGCACGGGGAAGUGGCCAUCAGGCUGUUGGAGAUAGAUGGGAACAACCAGGAUCAUCUCAAGCUCUUUAAAAAGGAGGUGAUGAACUACAGACAGACCCGGCAUGAGAAUGUGGUACUUUUCAUGGGAGCAUGCAUGAACCCUCCUCAUUUAGCAAUCAUUACCAGCUUCUGCAAAGGAAGAACGCUUCACUCGUUUGUAAGGGACCCCAAGAUAUCCCUGGAUAUUAACAAAACCAGGCAGAUAGCACAAGAGAUCAUUAAGGGCAUGGGGUAUCUUCACGCAAAGGGGAUUGUACAUAAGGAUCUGAAGUCCAAGAAUGUUUUCUAUGACAAUGGGAAAGUUGUGAUCACUGACUUCGGAUUAUUUGGAAUUUCGGGUGUGGUUCAGGAAGGAAGGAGGGAGAAUGAACUGAAGCUGCCUCAUGACUGGUUAUGCUACCUGGCCCCUGAGAUUGUUCGUGAGAUGGCCCCUGGGAAAGACGAAGACAAGCUGCCUUUCUCCAAAGCUGCAGAUAUCUAUGCCUUUGGGACUGUGUGGUAUGAGCUCCAAGCAAGAGAGUGGCCUUUCAAGAACCAGCCUGCAGAGGCACUCAUCUGGCAGAUUGGAAGUGGCGAAGGAGUGAAACAAGUCCUUGCAACUGUUAGUUUGGGGAAAGAAGUCAACGAAAUCCUCUCAGCGUGCUGGUCGUUUGAUCUCAGUGAGAGACCUAGCUUCACUGUCCUUAUGGAUAUGCUUGAAAAACUGCCAAAACUGAAUCGUCGGCUCUCCCACCCAGGGCAUUUCUGGAAGUCUGCUGACAUUAACAGUAGCAAAGUUGUCCUGCGUUUUGAAAGAUUUGGCUUGGGAAUCCUGGAACCAAGUAAUCAAAAGAUAUAGCGUGGUGUGUAACUGUCUUGUGAUAUCAUUGUCUGCCUACUCACACAAAGCAUCCGACGGCUUCGCUGAAUCUCCCAAGCUAUGAAACUGGUGCAGCCGCAGCUGAAAGCCGCACGACCAUCAAUUCACAGUCCUGGGUUGUUUGCAAAGUCUGAAUUCUGCCUGAGCACCAGCAGUUAUUUAAAGAAUGUUUACAUGAUACUUUUGUGUGAACUAUAUUUUUUUAAACAUAAUAAACAGUGAAUCGUUUAACUACAGCCAUUCUGAAAUAGCACUGAAAAAAAAGAAGAACUAUUUCUAGUUCCUUCUCGUGUCUGCGGCAAAUAGGAGCUACCUUCUGCCUUCAGAGUAUUUGUUCUCCCCAGGAGAAGUGGAACUGGCUCGAUUCGGGAUGGCAGCGCACCUAGUACAGGGGGCUGGAGUCCAGCUUGCAUUCUUCUUACAUUAAGGUAAAAAUCAAUCCAUUAGACGCUGAUUAGCCCAAACCCAUGGUUGAGCUCUGAGGUUUGUUUCAGCAGGCUUGGUCCGAGCUCUGGGUUACCUUGAAUUAAGCCACACGAGAACAAAUCUGCAUCUGAGAGGAGAGUUUCUGAUCAAAGACUCAAGUGCUCUUCUACACAGAACUCACGGUAAAAGCUGUUUGUCCUCAUACAAUCCUGUUGGAAGCCUAAGACUCGCUGGCCUUUGAAAAAAGAAAAUGGCGACCUGUUACAGCUCUGUGCACAGGGCCCUGAUUCUUCUUCUGAAGUUCUAGGCACAAUGAGUUCUAGUCCCCUAAACCUGCAGCUUUUCUGGAGACAGCGCUGACCAGCCAGGCUCGACCCUUACUGCCCCAGUCACCAUUCCAGUGGUAGAAGAAAAGCCGUUUUCCAGAGAGGCAAGAGAGCCAAGAGGAGGGAAAAAGCCUUCCCUAGAUCAUGCAUUAAAUAAGGUCCUGAUGCCCGGAGCUUGUGAAGAGAUUCAGUCUCUCCACACCCACCGCACGUUCCCGGCCCCUACCGCUGGUCAUGUUUGCAAGCUGUUGCUUCUAAAAUAUUUAGGACUAAAGCAGUCGUUCAGGCGACAACUAAGAACAACAGAAAUGUUGCAGCCGGGAAGGUCACACUUGGGUCUAAAGGAUCGGACUCUACCUGACAUCUCAGACCGGUUGCAAAGGUUGAUUUUAAGGACAACGCCCCCGCCCCCCUCCUCCCCAGGGUGCAAGUCGCAGGUUACAAGGGGUAGGUCCGAGCUCUGCAGGUACGGUGGCAGAUUUGUAGGCAGCGUUAACAAAGGCUCCCUCGUGCCUCCCGUUCUGUUCUCUGCCUUCUCCCGCCAGGCGGGGCAGUGGGAGGACCCUGACCGCACAACCACUGUCCCGGCCCUUUCUGGCCUUGUAGGACGGCGCUUUGCUGAGGCAGUUCGUUAGGGCUCCCUGGAAGUCACCGCAUUUAAUUUUCCGACAGCACCAGUCCGU